AUGGAAAGCGACCGAAAAAGCGACCCAAAGAGUGUAAAAAAAAAGUCCCAAGACAGUCAAAUCAACCUCCAGCGGCUGGCAUCCAGCAUUCCUUCACAGCCAACCGAUCUACUUAGCCCCAGCCUGACCAGCCAGCCUGAAGUGGAAACGUUUUGGGGCUGCCUAGGGCAAGCCCUGACAUUAACCGCCACAAUUCCUUCUUCACUUCAACCGUCUACCUCCUCCGCUUCCAUACCUCUCCGGUCUAUUCAAACCUCCCGGCCCCCAUCCGAACAGUCUUCCUCGCUUUUCGACUCCGAACGCGGUAGACAGGGUAACCAGAGGACCCCUUCUCCUACCCCGUCAGAGUCCAACUUCUCCAUCUGGUCGGAUUCUGGUGAUAUUGCAGACCAGCUUGCUGACGAAGAAGAUCCUUUACGUCUUCGACUAAGAGGGUCUCUCGACCUUCAAGUAUAUGGAAAAAACGGUUCUACAUCUCAGCCAAAACGGGUUCGUUACGAAGAAGACGAAGCUGGGGAGGAGCACACCCCUUUUGUCGACAAAGGAGACCUGAAAGAAGCUAUCCGCAUACCUGAGCCAGCUCCAAGAACAAUCUCCAGAGUAGAGAGGUUAUUAGCUUCCGUGAUGUCGCCACGGGAUGGCAGGGCCAAAACCCAUGGCCUCGUUGGCAAGCCCUUGUUCGUUUUCGUGUCAUUAGGCGUCUUUCUAUUUGGAUAUGAUCAAGGUGUUAUGUCUGGCAUUAUUACUGGCCAAUAUUUCAAAGACUAUUUCAACCAGCCGACUCGUGCAGAGAUCGGCACCAUGGUAGCUAUUCUCGAAGUAGGAGCUUUCAUAUCUUCGCUCCUCGUGGGGAAAAUCGGUGACAUAAUCGGUCGACGGCGAACUAUUCUCUACGGCUCCGUGGUCUUUUUCGUUGGUGGUGCUUUCCAGACUUUUGCUACGGGUAUCCCUAUGAUGCUUAUAGGGCGUAUAAUAGCUGGUCUUGGUGUCGGUGCUCUGUCUACCAUCGUUCCAGUUUAUCAAUCUGAAAUCUCUCCACCCCACAACCGGGGUCAGCUUGCCUGUAUUGAAUUUACGGGGAAUAUUUGUGGGUAUGCAGCCAGUGUCUGGGUUGACUACUUCUGUAGCUACAUUCAGAGCGACUACUCUUGGCGAUUUCCAUUAUUCCUCCAAUGUGUUAUGGGUGCAUUACUAGGCUUUGGAAGUCUGAUUAUCUGUGAAUCUCCUCGAUGGCUCCUGGACCACGACCACGAUGAAGAAGGAAUGGUCGUUAUUGCCAAUCUGUACGGCAAAGGAGACCUUCACAAUGACAAGGCCAGACAGGAAUACCGCGAUAUCAAAACCAAUGUCCUCGUCACCAGACAGGAAGGAGAACGAACAUACAAAGACAUGUUCCAACGCUACUACAGGCGUGUCUUCAUUGCCAUGUCUGCCCAGGCCUUUGCUCAGCUCAACGGUAUUAAUGUCAUCUCAUACUAUGCUCCUCUCGUGUUUGAGUCUGCGGGCUGGGUUGGCCGUGAUGCUAUUCUGAUGACCGGAAUUAAUGGCAUAACUUACUUGCUCUCCACGAUCCCACCAUGGUAUCUAGUUGACAGAUGGGGCCGACGACCGAUUCUCUUAUGGGGUGCUAUCUUUAUGAUUAUAUCUCUGUCUGCUAUGUCAUACUUUAUACAUCUCAAUAUCUCAGCCACCCCGGCCCUGACUGUCAUAUUCGUCAUGAUAUACAAUGCCGCGUUCGGGUUCUCUUGGGGUCCUAUACCAUGGCUUUACCCCCCGGAAAUCCUCCCACUCAGCAUCCGUGCCAAGGGCGCUAGUUUGAGUACCGCCACGAACUGGGCAUUCAACUGGCUUGUCGGGGAGCUUACCCCCGUGCUGCAAGAGGCGAUUCACUGGAGACUCUAUCUCAUGCAUGCCUUCUUCUGUGCCUGCAGUUUUGUCCUAGUCUACUUCCUCUACCCGGAAACUAGUGGUGUCCGCCUUGAAGAUAUGGAACUGAUCUUCGGUGACGCUCAAUCCGCUGCUCCCACUCCGGCUACUCAAGCAGAGCGCGGCUCCCUCAUGGGCGGUGUCGGAUCACCAUCGUCAUUCGACAUCCGACGAGGUCCCGAAACAGGUGGCCCUUCUAUUCCCAAUCUACAUCUCAGCCCACCCACCCCCAGGCCUGGCUCUAUGCCUGGAGACGCCGAUAAGGCAGCUGAAGGGGAACAACUGACUAAGCCGAAGGGAGGUGGAAUUGGAGAGUGGAUUUCUGGCCUUAUUAACCGUGGCAAAGAUAAGAAAAACAGAGGUGAUCACGGCCGGUAUCGCCAACUAGGGCAGCACGAAGACGAGUAA